ACAAAGUAACAUACGCCAUUAGUUGAGCGGGACGGUUGCUACCUUUCCAUACAAACUCUCAUCAUACACGCUACCACCAUGUUCAAUGCUUCUUUAUCUCUGUCUUCUCCGGGGGUCUAAACCAACCCAUGUCACGUCUUUCCGAAUCCCCCUACAAUAUUCCAUCUGCUCGUACCCGUUAUCCUUACCUCCUUUCUCGAAUCUUGACCUCCCAGAUCCCGUCUGUGCGGUGCUGUAUCAUGACCAAUGCAGUUCACUCACAAACUCCCUUUCUCUCCUCCUACUCUCAAUUUACGCUCCCCCUUUCUCUAUCUCCCUGUCGCUUUCACCUGCUCCGUCGAUCAUACAUCGUCGUUGAGCCAUUGGAUCCCCUUCUUUCUUUUUUUUUCUAUAGCUUGUGGAACCGGAGCCAAGAUUCUGGGAAAGGGUAAAUGGUGCGGGAGCUUUGUGUUAACGUGCAGAACCGUGUAUCUAGCUUUUGUGCUGAGGUGUGCAUUCGAAUACUUUAACGUUAUAUGUUGUUUCAUAUCAGGCGUAGUUGUAGCUGCGACUGAAUUCGCAGUAGACUGUCAGCUAGAGUUGUAUGAAGAUCUUGAUGGAAGGGAAUGAGCUGCGAAACUUGCGGAAAGCAUCAUUGCAUGGUUAUUCGCAAUAUUUUGCUGGCACUUUUACAGCAUUACGCCACAUUGAAUAAUAAAU